AUGAUCAGGAAGACAUCAGCUAGAGAUACGUGGAAGGAAGAGUGGUCAGUCCACUUGAGGACUAAAUAAGACGAAUAAUAAACAAAUGGGUUUCGUAUUAAUGUUUCAGCACGAUAAAUAGCUGCCACAGAUAAAAGAACCAUAGUGUGUGUUGUGGGAAAAACAAGAAUUCAAAAUGAAGUGCUCCAUUUGCAUCCUUAUAAUUGCAUCCCUCGUUCUGGGAAUGUCAUCCCUACCAUCUCGCCAACGUCGUCAGUUUGAGUGGGGAAACAAUUUUGACAAUGACAAUGGUCAAGACCUGGACAACGCACAACAACCCGGAAGCAAUUGGAACGACGAUGGAUCUACCUGGAACAGACCUGGAAACCAACAGCAACAGACAGGCAAUCAACAACCUUGGCAACAGACAGGCAAUCAACAACCUUGGCAGCAGACAGGCAACCAACAACCUUGGCAACAGACAGGCAACCAACAGCAGGGAGUUUCUACUUCUGCCCCUAUCACCCCUACCACUGCUGGUUCGACCACCACUAGGGCUCCGGCUUCUUAUACUAGGUGCAUGAACGCUUGUGGAACUACACCGGAGUACAACCCAGUUUGUGGUACAGAUGGAAAUACUUAUGGUAACAAUGCAAAGUUGAGGUGUGCUGCUGCCUGUGGAGCAAGUGUACAGUUUUUCCGAGGAGGAACUUGCCAACCGCUGUAAACGAAGCAAAAUAAGAAGACAAAAUUUGACUGAUUUAAUAAUGUUUCAUAUAAGGACUGCAUAAAUGUUUUUUAAUGUGAUACCAAUUAUUGUUCAAACAAUAUGCUUAACUGCUUAUGAAGACCCUCAACUUGAAGUGACUCGGCCUUUUACCUUUAGAUUAAUAUUUAUUGAUGUGAUGUAAUAAUUUCAAUAUUUGUGAAAUGAUCUACA